ACAUAAAUAUUAUAGUUCAAUCAAACAAACAUUACUGUGGUUGUAACGAUCGACUUUUUGUGUUAUCUGCAUUUAGCGGAUGUGCAGUUUCAUAACGUGUGCUGCCCUCUACAUUAUUAUUAUAGUAAUAGCAAUAACGUGUGCGGCCGUCAGUGUACGUCACCCAGUUCCUCCAGUGGUACCGAGUGUUGCGAACGUAGUGUUUAUCACCGCACUUAUAUAUUCCCAAAACAUGCAAGCAUAUUACGUUGUGAAAUUCGUAAAUUUUGAACAUAGAGCUUCCAAGUAUGCGUUCGUGCCGAGAUCUUGGAUAAAAAUCCUCCGGAAUGAUAAUAUGGCUGUGAUUGUUCUACCCACUGAUAAAAUGUCGACUGAGAAGCGCGCUAAGAACUUGAAGACACCGGCAGCUAAGUGGAAGCGGCACCUGUGCGAAGUAGUAUACGUGACAGAUGUGAUUACCGACGCCGUGGCGGCCACCUUACGAUACCACAAAAAAGAUCCAAUACCAACUCAACCAGCAACACCUACUAAAGAGUCGAGAGCUGAAAAACGUCAAUCUACAGAGCCAGUAUCAGAAGCAUGGACCAAAGCCAACCAUGAAGCUACAUUAGAUCAUUGCACCAACACGAAAAAUGAUAUCACGCAACCAACAACAAACCCAACCAACGAUGAGAAUCGAGAUAUAUUUUUUACGCAACUCGAAAACUACCUCUGCCAACUUCAAGAAAGUUUUACGGAAUUGCUAAAUGUAAUCUAUGAAUACACAGAAUAAUUUAUCGUGUAAAUUAAAUAUAUAUAUUCAUAUAUUAUAUGCGCUAUAUUCAUAGCGCAAGCAUAUAACUAACUACGGGGACCAGUUCUCUCGUCUUGUUAUAACAAUCCAUGUUUUUUUUUUUUAUAAUCUUUAUUUAAUGAAUGAGCCUAGGUUUUUAAUCCACAAGAUUAUGCCAGCCUCGUUGCAUUCUAAAUGUAAUUAAACAGAAAAGGAAACUUUUUAUGUCCUUUUUAGUUUCCUUAUGUAUAUAUUUGAAUAGCGUUUAUUUUCUAUAUCUGUAUCCUUUGGAUAUCUAAAAUCAGUAAUUGUUUUACAGUAAUUUAAAUACAAGUAUAAAUGUUAGCAGAGGGGGCAUUGUGGGCCAAUGCCCUACCUUAAUAAUCAACUAAAUUAUACAUAACUCUAUCAAAAUAUAUGGAGCAGCAGGUUUUUUAUUUCUAAUUUGGAAGUUGGUUCCAUUGAGUUGUUCGUUUUGAUGGAUGGAAUAACCUUCUUUCGAGGUUUAAGGGAAUUUUGUUACAAUCUGUAUGUUACCCUAACAAUUACGCAAGUAUUAACAUGACUCAUUCAUAUUCACAAGUCAAGAAAACCGAAAAUCGAUUGACCAGAACAGAUCUAGUAACAUUUUUACUUCCGUCCUAGCUGUAACCACAACUACCUUAAAUUCAAGUUUAGCUAUGGCCUUGAAUGUUAGCAAAAAUGUAUUACUUUUAAUUUUAUUGAUAACACUAAAAAAAAAAUCCGUUUGAUGCAUCACUCAUAACGCCAAACAAGAAAAUGAAACAGAUAGUGUAAAAUGAGCUCCUGUUGAAAAGAGAUACUGAUAUAAUAAGAUCGCAACGGCCUCAAACUGAGCCAGUAUAACUCCGUGUAAUUUUAAAUAAAACAUUUCGGAUGAACUCCGUGUAAUUUUAAAUAAAACAUUUUGGAUCAUUCUUAGGUCAAUUACUUGCAUUAUUGAAAUGCGUGUGACAUUUAUUUUAUUACUGUGUAUGACGAGUCGAGCUUGCCACUCACCUGAUGGUAAGCGAUACGACCGAUAAACAGUAGAAGCACCAACACCUUGAAUUACAAAGUAUUGUUUUGUAUUCCACUGCGCUCGCCAUCCUGAGACGUGAGAUUUUAAGUCUUAUUAUGUCUAGUAGUUACACUGGCUACAAUUUCCUUUAAACCGGAACACAACAGUGACUACACACUGCUUGACAGAAAUAGACAUUGCGGUGGUACCUGGACUCUCACAUAUGAGAGACCUACCACCAGUAAAUUCAAUACAUUUUUCUCAAUACUCGAAUUAUGGAUAUUUUUACCAUACUAUCGCACAUUGCAAGAGGCCAUUACAAUAUUUAAUUAUCCGCCAACGCGGAAAUAUUUACGGCUCACAUAUCUGGUUGAAACUGAUUGUAAAAUAUUGAAAGGUAAGUACCACCGCAGUGUCUAUUUCUACCGCUGACCAAUGUACACUGUUGUGUUCAGGUUUGAACUGAUUUAGUAUGGUCAAUAUUGACAGCUUUUGGCUGUGUACGGAGUGGCGUUCGUGAUAUGAGUACUCGAGCCUAAGUGUAAACCUGGAUUUGAAUGGAAAAUAUAAGUCAAAUGAGUAAAAUUAUUUGUUGUUCAAGUGAAUAGAUAGGUUAUAACAGUGACGUUUUGCCAUUUUAGUUCAGAUUUUGAACAAAUUGUUUUUAUGGACGUUCGUGUCCAUAGAAGAUACGUUAAUGGUGCCACGCAGUUUGGAAUUCACAGUUCUGUAUGCUUGUAAGUGUUUAUGGGCGGUCGUAUCGCUUACCAUCAGGCGAACGGCAAGCUCACCUCAUCAUUCAUAAUGUCGCAAUACAAGUAGACAUAACGCCUUGUGUUGGGUGAAGCGUACUAGUUUAUAGGACUAGAGUUAAAUAUAAAAUAGUAAAAGCAUUUUUUAUUUACAACCUCUGAUUAAGCGACAUCAAUAAAAUAGGUUUUAUGUUUUACUGUA